UCUAAUGCUAUGGUCGCCAGCUAACUAGAUAAGCUACCUGCUAUAGAAGCUACAAGUAGCCAGGCUGUGUUAGCUUGGGUAAUACGCAGUGGCAUGACAUUUAACUGACAAAUAUACAGCUCUUACUUUGCAUGCACACUCAUUACGACUUUUGAAAUAGCUAGAAAUCUUAAGACGGCGUUACUCACCUCAGGAAUCACAUAUGAAGAAAAGCCAGCGUGCUAGCUAGCUUAGCUAAAGUGCUUUAGUGCGUUUUUUCUUUUCGCUUUUUGAGGCAUUCGUCGAGGCUACAGGAACAAGUGAGGCCUGAGCGGAGAGUCAACAUGGCACCGAAAAAGAGAGGAGCGAGAAAAAGAAAAAACGAAGAGGCUUUUGAAGAAGACAGAGAGGAAGAAAAAACGGUGGAAAAGGAAGCUGACAGGAGGAGAAAGGAGCGUGGAAAUAAGAAAUACAUUGGAGCUCAUGUUAGUAUUCAAGGUGGAGUCUGGAAAGCAGUGGAUUCUUGCACAGAAAUGGGUGGCAGCAGCUUUGCCCUGUUUCUGGGAUCCCAGCGCUCCUGGAAGAGGCCUGCCCUGGACCAGACAGCUGCCGACAAAUUUCGAGAGCAGUGUUCCCUUCAGGGGUAUGACCCUGCUCACAUCCUGCCCCAUGGGUCCUACCUCAUGAACUGUGGAUCUCCUAAGGAGGAUGUGUUUGAAAAAAGCCAGGCACUGCUGGUGGAUGAACUCAGCCGCUGCAGCCGUCUGGGCCUGAGCCUCUACAACUUCCACCCAGGCUCCUCUCUGGGCUCCAUCACCACUGAGGAGUGUAUUGAAAAGAUAGCAGGAGCCAUUAACCAUGCCCACCAGCAAACACCUGUUGUAGUUACAGUGCUGGAGAACAUGAGCGGUCAGGGCAGUACGGUUGGCGGUACCUUCCCUGAGUUGAAGAGCAUCAUUGACAGAGUGAGAGACCAGAGCAGAGUGGGUGUGUGUUUGGAUACCUGCCACGCGUUUGCAGCAGGUUAUAACCUGUCUGCAGAGAGGGGAGUGAAGGCCAUGCUCAAAGAGUUUGAUGAGGAGGUGGGGCUCCAUUAUCUCAAAGCCAUCCAUCUCAAUGACUCCAAAGGUAAGCUAGGCUGCAACCUGGAUCGGCAUGAAGACAUCGGUAAAGGUCAAAUUGGAAUCUCUACUUUCAGGGACAUUGUCAAUGAGCCCACACUGGACAACAUCCCUCUGAUACUGGAGACACCUGGACGGCCUGGAUUCGAAUAUGCCGAGCAGAUUGAGCUUCUCUAUUCUCUUUGUGAGAAAAAUUGAAAACAUCGUCCCUGAUAAAUUAUCUCUGCUUACUUACUGAAACCUGCCAAGCCACAGCUCCCAUAUCUAUCUACAAUAGAUUAAAGGUGUUUAAUUUUAAAACAUCCAUUUACUAUUUGACCCAGUUCUAAAAGUUUCAUUUGGGUUUUUGUCUCUGUUUGAAAACAAGUUAAAUAAAUGUGAAUUUUAAAAGUUCUUGUGUGGGGUUACAUUAAGAUGAGCCAUUAGAGGGCAGCAUGAACACAUGAAGGCAGAGCAAACUUAAUUUCAGGGUCCUUAGAGGUUUCUGUUGACAAAAUGAAGGCAGAUAGGAAUAGUAAAAAAAGACAAAAAUAAUCCAUUUACAUUUUACAGAUAUUACAUAUAUUUAACAGUGAAGGUUGAUGCAGAUUUAUCUCACACCUAUCAUGGUAAUGCAGCUAAAAUAAAUGGAAGUCUUUCACAAUAAAAGCACAAGUAAUGUUCUAAAAGUUCUUAAAGUUUUAAAAAAUCCAAAUAGUUAAACUAUUGUAUGAUUCAUAUUUUUUCCAGAGUAAAUAUUUACAAAAUUAGAAUCCAAACAGGCACAUAGGCAUGAGUUAAAAUGAGAGGCAUACAACAGCUUUACAUUUCUUAUGUGAAAUGCCCCAGCUGUUGAAUACCAACACUUAUGUGUAGCUGUUGAUCCCUUGGAGGACCGCAAUUGACUGUCACACCUAUUCUAACACCCCACAGUGCAGAUAAACACACAUGAACACACACACUGAAAGGAAAACAUUCCCUUGAGAUCAAGUCUUAGAAAUGUUCAGCUUUCCACAUGUGAAUACAGCUGAGAAAAAGAUAUAUGUGAGCAAAUGAAGAGAAAAUUGUGAGGUUGGAGGAUUAAAAAGAAUAACUCAAUAAUUAUUACCCUAAGAGUUCAAACACAUCAGAACAAGAUCACUGUCCUAGUGUUCAUCUUAAACUUGCUCAACAGUUGUGUGUAAUUAUUUUGAGCAAAAAGCUGUGUGACCAUUUGUUUAAAAUAAAUAAGGUACAGCUGUCACA